AGUCGCCAUGGAGGCCCCGGCAGUCCGGCAGCAGCAGCAGCAGCAGCCUGCGGCCAAAAACAGGAAUCUGCCCUGGGUGGAAAAGUACCGGCCGCAGACGCUGGACGAGCUCAUCUCACACCAGGACAUCCUCAGCACCAUCCAGAAGUUCAUCAGUGAAGACCGGCUGCCCCACCUGCUCCUCUAUGGCCCCCCCGGAACAGGCAAGACGUCCACCAUCCUGGCCUGUGCCCGGCAACUCUACAAGGACAAAGAGUUUAACUCAAUGGUCCUGGAGCUGAACGCUUCUGAUGACCGUGGGAUCGACAUUGUGCGAGGACCCAUCCUGAGCUUCGCCAGCACAAGGACAAUCUUUAAGAAGGGCUUCAAACUCGUGAUCCUGGACGAGGCGGACGCCAUGACCCAGGACGCCCAGAACGCCCUGAGGAGAGUGAUCGAGAAGUUCACAGAGAACACGCGCUUCUGCCUCAUCUGCAACUACCUGUCCAAGAUCAUCCCCGCCCUGCAGUCGCGCUGCACCCGCUUCCGCUUCGGCCCGCUCACGCCGGAGCUCAUGGUGCCUCGGCUGGAGCACGUCAUCGCCGAGGAGAAGGUGGACAUCAGCGAGGACGGCAUGAAGGCUCUGGUCACCCUCUCCAGCGGCGACAUGCGCCGAGCCCUGAACAUCCUGCAGAGCACCAACAUGGCUUUUGGGAAGGUGACGGAGGAGACGGCGUACACGUGCACGGGGCACCCCCUCAAGGCCGACAUCGCCAACAUCCUGGACUGGAUGCUCAACCAGGACUUCACCAGCGCCUACAGGAACAUCACAGAACUGAAGACGCUGAAGGGCCUGGCGCUGCACGACAUCCUGACCGAGAUCCACCUCUUUGUGCACCGAGUUGACUUCCCACCUCCAGUUCGAAUACAUUUGCUGAUGAAAAUGGCAGACAUUGAACACAGGCUUGCUGUUGGCACGAAUGAGAAGAUUCAGCUGAGUUCCCUCAUUGCCGCCUUCCAAGUCACCAGAGAUUUAAUUGUAGCAGAAGCCUGAGCAAGAGCAACUUGCAAGCCCCCAGCCAUGAUUAGAAAGCAAAGGACUCUGACUCUGGCCUCUUGGGAUCUUGGGGUGAAGCAAGGCCCCCAGGGUUGGGAAAGGACAAGUGCUGGAGAUGUGAACUUUCCCACUGGGCAGUGAGGAACUCGGAGGACAUUUAGAGCUUACGUUUGCUGCACUGUUUGGAGUGGGAAUAUAAAAAAAUGGGUUGUCCUGUGUUUAGUGAAGGCCUUUUUGCCCUCCUGCUGCCCCGAUCAAGGGAGUCCCCGCAUGUGCCCCAUCUGGAACUGUCCUAGAGAAUGUUUCUGUCUCGAGUGUAAUCUGUGAUACCUUUUUCUACUUAUUGAAUUUAUAGCUGAAAAUAAAUUUUGUGCUUUUA